GUCAGUGCAUUGACAGCAGCACAAAAGUUAAAACAUAUCGAGUUUUAGUACAUCAGCAUAUGCACAGUUUCAGCACUUAAAAGUGACAUUUAGAAGAGUGUUCUAGCUUUUUUCAAACUAUCCACUGAGUUUUUGGCCAUACCACAUCCUGUUCAGCUAGACACCAUUUUAACAUGGUAUGCGGUUGCUGUCUGAAGUGAGGCGAGUUGAACAUUUCCUAAAAUUAUUGGUGAGUGGCUGAUCAUCUUCUGAAAGUUUCCCAGAUAUGGCAGACAAUGUGCAGGCACUGCCUUACUUCUUCGGCAACAUCACGCGAGAGGAGGCAGAGGAGUACCUAAGACAUGGUGGGGCAGGAGAUGGUCUGUACCUGCUCCGCCAGAGUCGCAGUUCCUUGGGCGGCUAUGCCUUGUCAGUGUCCUAUGGCCGGCAGUUCUACCACUACACCAUUGAGAGAGAGCUGAAUGAUACAUAUGCUAUAGCAGGGGGCAAGUCACAUCGGACCCCAAUAGACGUGAUCGAUUAUCACUCACAGGAGUCUGACGGGCUCAUCUGCCUGCUGAAGCGACCUUUUAACCGGCCGCGUGGCACAGAGCCUAAAGUCGGACCUUUUGAAGACCUGAAGGAGCAGCUUAUUAGGCAGUAUGUCAAACAAACUUGGAAGUUGCAGGGCUCAGCUCUUGAUCAGGCUAUCAUCAGCCAGAGGCCUCAACUGGAGAAACUAAUUGCAACAACAGCGCAUGAAAAGAUGCCGUGGUUCCACGGCAAGAUAGACCGUGUGGACUCAGAGCAGCGUUUGAUCAGGAACCCAAACAUCAAUGGCAAAUUCCUAAUAAGACAGAGAGAAACCAAUGGCAGAGUGGUGUCCUAUGCACUCUGUCUGCUGCAUAAUAACCAAGUAAUGCACUAUCGUAUUGAUAAGGACAAGGCAGGCAAACUCUCCAUCCCUGAUGGCAAGAAGUUUGACACACUUUGGCAGCUAGUAGAACACUACUCAUACAAGCCGGAUGGCCUGCUCAGCGUGCUUACCGAGUCCUGCCCAAGAACAUCACAUUCAGAGCAAGGUGCCACAGGUGGAUUACUCUCCAGAAUCAAAUCGUACUCCUUUCCCAAACCUGGCCAAAACAAGGGUCAUCUUCCAAAUCCCUAUGACUUUGGUUUAAACUGCAGAAGUGAUCCUCUUAACCCAGAGGCUAUGCCAAUGGACACACAAGUGUAUGAGAGUCCAUAUGCUGAUCCCGAAGAGCUUCGGUCAACCACUGUGAAUCGAAAUGACCUAACUCUGGAGGAUGAAGAAUUGGGCUCAGGCAACUUUGGCACUGUACGACGAGGCGUCUACCAGAUGAAGAAGACACAAAAAGUGGUGGCUGUCAAGAUCCUGAAGAAUGAUGAUAAUAAUGCAGCGGUAAAGGACGAGAUGUUGCGUGAAGCCAAUGUCAUGCAGCAGCUGGAUAAUCCAUACAUCGUUCGCAUGAUUGGUAUCUGUGAAGCUGAAAAUCUCAUGCUGGUCAUGGAGCUCGCUGAGCUGGGCCCACUGCACAAGUUCCUACAGAAGAACAAACACAUCUCUGUGAAGAACAUCACUGAGCUAGUUCAUCAGGUCUCUAUGGGAAUGAAGUAUCUAGAAGAACACAACUUUGUUCAUAGAGAUCUGGCAGCCAGGAAUGUCCUGUUAGUUACUCAGCACUAUGCCAAGAUCAGCGACUUUGGACUCUCAAAAGCCCUGACAGAGGAGGAGAACUAUUACAAGGCCAAAGGUCAUGGUAAAUGGCCAGUGAAAUGGUAUGCCCCAGAGUGCAUGAAUUACUUCAAGUUCUCAUCUAAGAGUGACGUGUGGAGCUUUGGUGUCCUGAUGUGGGAGGCGUAUUCAUUAGGGCAGAAACCAUAUAAGGGGAUGAAGGGAAAUGAUGUCAUUCAGAUGAUUGAAAGUGGAGAUAGGAUGCCCCCCCCACCCGAAUGCCCAAUGGAGAUGUACGACCUUAUGAAGAAAUGCUGGACAUACAAGGCAGUCGAGAGACCUGGAUUUUCUGUAGUUGAACCCAGAUUGCGACAUUACUAUUAUGACAUAUCUCAAUGAUGUCCUUUGCCAAAGAACAAGCAAAAUUAUGCAGUAUACAGUAUUUAAAAGGUAAAUACUGUAAAAUAGCCAUUUAAAAGAAUAGUGUACCCAAAACUGAAAACUCUGCCAUCAUCAACUCAAACUCAUGUUGUUCCAAACCUGUAUGACUUGUAAUGAUCACAAAAUAAGACGUUAGGCAGAAUGUUAACCUGAGACAUGAUUCACUUAUUGAAUAACAAUAAUGGUGAAUGUGACUAAAGCUGUCAGUCGCUGACAUUCUGCCUAACAUCUACUUUUGUGCUCUAAAGAAAAAAAUAAGUCAUAUCAUAAGUUGAAUAAAUUCUGAUUUAAUUAAAACGGGGUGAACUGUACCAUCAAUGUACAGAUAUUAGUAUAAGCAUAAUUUAUUAAAUUGACUUUUUUCAUGAUAGGCAGUAAUAAUUUGAGAAAAUGAAUGCACAUUUUUUCCACCCUAAUUUUUUUUGGUGUAAAUUCCAAUAAUUAGAUCAUGGACAUCAUUUCAUGUUUAAUCGAUUACAGCAAUAAUUUGUAUAUUUGUAAUACAAAGCUUUAUUUUUUUAUUUCAAGCUGAACUUGAGUAAAUAGAAUGCAUGAUAUUCAAGGAGAAUAAAAGUGCUACUAAAUGGCUGGAUUUUUUUUACUAAAGGCAAGUUAAGAAAGAAUAUUAAUAUUUGAAGCCAUGUUAGUAUUUUUUAUUAUUUCACAGCAAUGCCAUUAACAGUAACAGAAGCAUAACCACAAGAGUCCAGCAUUAACGUUGUGCCACACCUGCUAAUUGCAAGUGAAAUUAGAAACAUUUCCAUAAAUAUUUCUAACCAGCUAUGAAAUUAUUAUUAUUAUUGUUGUUGUUUAUAUACAAAACUAGACUUAAAAAAUGUCUUUAGGCAUCCUAAAUGGCAACUUCUGAUAGUAAAUGUUCAAAUUUUCCACUGAGUUAAAAGUUGUUAGAAGUGAGUGUAACAGAAGUUUUCUGCAUUUGAUGGUUUGUGUGUCUUUGAUUUAAAUUGCUUGCAUCACUAACAUCAGCGAAGGUCAGAUUAUUAUUCUUACAAUUAAAUAAAGAAUAUGGAUUAUGCUGCAGUUUCUUAUUAAGUUAACAUCUAUAUGUAAAUGUGUUUUAUUUACUUGUCAAAACCAAUUGUAACUAACAUUUUUGGACCCAGUUGACCACAGUGACAUGCAAGUUAGAUAGGUCUACAUUACUCCCAUUCUUAUGAUAUUUGUAGCCUACUCAUUUCCUGGAUUUUUGUAACAUCUAAGUGUCACUGCUAAUACUAAAACAUCUAAACAUCUUGUUUAGUGUUAAAAAAAGGCUGUUUUAAGACCACAUUUAUAUUGUUUUAUGGUCAUAGCAUUUACCUCACACCAUUAAGAUACAAUAGAAACAUACAUUGUGUUAUGUCAUGUCUGAAAGAAAGAUCCAUUCAAGCUCUUCAUCUAAAAUGUGGCACCAGUAAUCAUGUACUAUUGGGUUUUUACAUGUUUCUUUUGUUCAAUGGAAAUCCAUUGCCUUCAUUGUGAUAAAACAGAUUUAUUCAGCUGCUCCAGGCUGGUCAAGCUGUAAUUAAACUGCAUAGCAUGAACAAUCAUAAUCCAGCUCUUCCUCUGUUGAAUGAUAUUGAAAAGUAAUGUUGUACAGAUGGAACUUAUAUGAUGUAUGAAUGUAUUAUAACUGCCCAAUGAUGCUUUAAAAAUUAACGAAUGAACCAAUUUCAACAGAAAUGGAAUAUCUUUUUUAAGGUACAGAUAGAAUUCUAUUUAAAUGCAUUUGUAUAGCAAUUUUAACUAUACACAUGGUUCUAAAGCAACUUUAAAGAAAAUCGUGUCUUAAUACCCCCAGUUGUGAACUAGUCAAUGGAGACAUGAUGGCAAAGACACAUACUGAGUUUCGUAACGAUAAGCCAAGUCGUUUGUAAAAUACAGCAUUUUAUGACUAAAUUCAAAAUGGCAGAAGUUAAAAAUGGCCGACAUAGGAAUUUUUCAUAUCGUUGGACUCUCUAUAUCCCAUUGAAUCUAAUGAGACUAAUUUGAUGAUUUUAUGACAAACUGUUUAGAAGUUUUAAGCAAAAAUUCACUUUUUUCAUAUCUCGUGACCAUUAAGGGGAAGUGCGCCAACAUUUUCAUCCCAAUCCCUCAAAGCGGUGCGGAGAUACAGCCUCAAGUUACAUUUUGUGUGUUCUUCAAAAGUGCAGUCAAAAACAGUAUGGUUUAUCAAAAUUCUGUGAAUACAUUUUUGUUGUGAGUGCCUCCUAGAUGAUGCAGGCCAAUUUUCAUCCAAAUCCGACAAAUGGACUAGGACGACUUCGAAAAGGUAGGGUUUUUCAGAAAAUGUAUAAUAGCAGAAAAAGUUUCAUGACAGGAAAAUGACAUCAUAGGGUGCAAUCGAAUUGUCUUGAGCCAAGGAAUCAGGAAAAAAUUAUUUCUAGGACUCAUGGUUCAAAAGUUAUUAACAUAAAUGUGAGUGCACAUUGGAUUGUGCUAGAGGGUUUGAGGUAGAGACCCCAAAUUUGAUGUGGUAACAGAUCAGACUGUCCUCUAUCUGUGUGCCAAAUUUCAUAAUUUUCCCGGAAGCAGUUCUAUGGACUGCCAUAGACUC